AGAAGAGAUAAAUCCCGCCCACACUGACAAUUGAUUGGUUGAUUUACCGAAACAGGCCAAUCAGGAUGCUCUCUGUCUUACAUGCGCUUAUUGAGGCACACACAUACACAGACGCAAGGUCUCCGUCUCUGCCCUGCGUGCGCUAAAUAAUAUAUUCACAUAGCUUUCGAAAACCGGGACAUUCAGUGUCCCGGGAGAGUUGAUAAUUUUCCCGGGACAGGUUAGUAAAAAGAAGGACAAUCCCGGUAAAACCGGGACAGGUGGCAACCCUAGAUGGAGUGGAUCGUUUUGAUUGUAUGGUGGACGGUGCUCCACUUCGGGGAAACUCUGAAUGAGCCACCUAAUCCAACGCAUAUUCGAUACAGCAGAGACUUUCUAUUAAAAUGGAGCAACUUUCAGGUCAAUAAUCCUCCCCUCGAUUUGAUCUUCCCUGAUCUAAACUGUUUCCCUGAUCAAUCGAGAGGAAAAAGGAAAGGGGAAUUUACUGGUGCGCUUCCACGCAAAAACAGGAAGCGGGGAAAGCGAGGUGGCGUACUUCAAAGACUGAGAAAACAAUCUUUCUCCCGGAUCCCCCUACCUUCUAUGAUUCUAUCAAAUGCCCAGUCACUUCGUAAUAAAACUGAUGAGCUGCAAGCCCAUGUAGGCUUCCAGCAUGAAUUCAGAGAUGCGUGUUUACUGGCGAUUACAGAGACAUGGCUUUCGGAAAGUGAUUUGGACUCGGAACUGGUCAUUGAUGGCUUCGGCGCGCCUAUACGCCUGGACAGAGAUGCCGAUGUUACAGUGUUGAUGGUGAGAGAAGAGAUGGAUGCGAUGUGCUGUAAAUCAGUAGGAACUGUAUGAGGGAUUACAGGAUGAUCAAACCUCCUCAGAGUCUCUGGAUUCUGUCUGUAAUGCUGGAGAACAGCAGCAGAUCCUGCAGACAACACUGAAGAUGUGUUCAGUCAAACUCAUCGACUGCAGGAAUCUCAUGAUGAAGAUGAGAAGAGAAACUACUGAUGAGGAACAUCACACAGAUGAAGAUGAAGACAGUCAUGAUGAUGAGGAUUUUAUUCCUUCAGUGUUGAUGAUGAGAGAUGAGAUGGAUGCGAUGUGCUGUAAAUCAGUAGGAACUGAUCUGUCCAUGCUGGAUAUUGAUGAUUUCAUCACAGAAAUCUCUCAGCUGAAGAAAAAGGUGGCGUUACUGGAGACAAAACUGAGGUCAAGAGGAGAUAAAGGAUUGAAUAUAGAGGAUGUGGAUGUGGUUUGUUGUGAAUCUUCCACACAGGACUCCGAGCUCAGUCUGACUUUACUCGGUUAUACGGAGUCAAAGCCCACAGACGCUCAGGACACUACAGUGUGUGACAGUAAUCAGGGCUCACAGGAUGAUCAAACCUCCACAGAGUCUCUGGAUUCUGUCUGUAACGCUGGAGAACAGCAGCAGAUCCUGCAGACCACACUGAAGAUGUGUUCAGUCAAACUCAUCGACUGCAGGAAUCUCAUGAUGAAGAUGAGAAGAGAAACUACAGAGGAGGAACAACACACUGAUGAAGAUGAAGACAGUCAUGAUGAUGAGGAUUUUAUUCCUUCAGAUGAGAAGAGUGAUUCAUGUUGUGAUGAAGAAACGCCCUCAACAUCAAAAGAGCGACUGGCGGCACAGACUCUUUCCUGCACCAGAUCUAAAAUUAGCUGUAUUUCCUUACAAGCAAAGAAACUUCAUUCAGAAGAGCACAGAGAGAAGAAGAAGAAGAAGAAGAAAAAGUUUCACUGUAAGCAGUGUGGGAAGGUUUGUGUCUCUUAUUCUAGUCUGAAUGUUCACAUGAGGACACACAGUGGUGAAAAACCUUACUACUGCACUGAAUGUGGAAAUGUCUUCAGCACCAAACAAAGUCUUAAAGUUCAUCAGAGAAUUCACACUGGAGAAAAACCUCACAGCUGUAGUGUUUGUGGGAAGAGUUUCAGUCAACAUGAUUAUUUAGUGUCACACCAGAGAACUCAUACAGGUGAAAAACCUCACCGCUGUAGUAUUUGUGAGAAGAGUUUCAGUCAACAUGGUAAUUUAGUGACACACCAGAGAACUCAUACAGGUGAAAAACCUUAUAACUGAACUGAAUGUGGAAAUGACUUCCGCACCAAACAAACUCUUAAAGUUCAUCAGAGAAUUCACACUGGAGAGAAACCAUACGAGUGUCCUCACUGUGAGAAGAGAUUCAGCCGGACACAUCAUCUGAAGAGAC